UCUUAAGGCCUUUCCCUAAGUUAAUAUGGCUGCGGCCGGCGAGCCGCUGGGACGCCGGUGAGGAAAGGAGGCAAAGUCUUUCCGAGGUUUUGGCUACGAUUCCCCUCAGCAAUGGCGCUUCGGUCGGGGUUCUGGGAGCUGUUGUCGGUUUGCAGGAACCCCGGGUGUCGGGUGGCAGCGCUGUCGACCAGUUCCAAGCCAGCGGUGAAGCCUGAAGCGGACCCCGAAGGAAAUGAAGCUGUUGCCCCGGAGUUCACCAACCGGAACCCCCGGAAUCUGGAGCUCUUAGCUGUAGCCAGAAAAGAGCGGGGCUGGGGGACAGUGUGGCCCUCCCGCGAGUUCUGGCACAGGUUGCGAGUUAUAAGGAGUCAGCAUCACAUAGACGCGCUUGUUGAGCAUCGCAAUGGCCAGGCUGUGGUUUCGGCAUCCACUCGUGAAUGGGCCAUUAAAAAGCACCUUUAUAGCACCAGAAAUGUGGUGGCUUGUGAGAGUGUAGGACGAGUGCUGGCAGAGCGGUGCUUGGAAGCAGGAAUCAACUUCAUGGUCUACCAGCCAACUCCUUGGGAGGCAGCCUCAGACUCGAUGAAACGACUGCAGAGUGCCAUGACAGAAGGUGGUGUGGUGCUGCAGGAGCCUCGGAGAAUCUAUGAAUGAAGCAGAAGCGUUGUUUGAUACUUGUAAAUGUAAAGCUGUCAGCUAUACAUUCAUCAGAAGAGAGCCUCUAGAAGAACCGCCAGCUUGGACGUCUUGUACAAUAACCUAACAGCGGAAUGUUAUUAGUAGUUAAGGUUGUCGUCUUCUCCCCUUCUGUGUGUUUGUUUUAAAUCCAGGGCUAAAUUCUUCUCUCUCGGACGUGAGAAGUAUCUGAGAAGAGCUGUUGCCAAUUAUAAUUAACUUUUGAGGAACAAAUUAAAUGUUGUUUAUAAGUUAAAGAAUAAAGGUAUAUUGUGAACUCUUA